GAAUGAUACAGAAUUUUUACAGUUCAGUUUACACACUUGAAAAAUUACAAUUUCGAUAGUAUCUUUAUCAAACUGACCACUAAGAACAUGGCUUCACCUAUGUUAAAGAUUUUAAGGUGCCAUUCAUAUACUUGAAAAACAGAAUGGAGUUCAUCUUUGACGACAUCCAACACCGACCGGAGGGUCGAAACACAGAUUUAUACAACGACCCGGACGUACAGUUAUCCCACAAGGUGUUCAUCGUUAUUGGACUCAUAUACAUCCCGAUCAUAGUCUUCUCCAACAUCCUCAUUUUCUUCGGCAUCCUCCUGUACCCUGGUUUCUACAACAGCAACAAUAUUUUUUUGUUAUCCCUGGCCAUAUUCGACUUCCUGUUGGGGUUCGUCGCCCUGCCUAUCUUGGUCAUGACGCGGGUGCCGUCUUUGAACAGCGUCAUCGCGGGGAAUAAGUACCUCUGCUUGUUUAAAUCCGCAUCCAUUGGGUUUUCAGCUUCCGGGUCGCUGUACUCCUUGUUGAUCAUCUCCGUAGACCGGUACCUGGCUAUUUUGUUCCCCUUGAAAUACAAGACCUGGGUGACGACGGAGCGAGCGGUCAAGGUCGUGGCCGGGCUGUGGGUGUACACGCUGUUCCGCGUGUCGCUACCCGCGUUGGGUUGGAACACGUACAACUCAACCGAGCCCAGGUUAAGCAUGCGCUGCGAGAUGACAAAAUCGCUCCCCUCGCUGUAUAUUACUAUUUUUAUAUCCUACCCCGGGCAAGUUCUUCUUCUGAUUUCAACGUUGAUUAAUAUCCACAUCACGGUGAUCGUUUACAGGCAGAUUAAAUCUUUCAAGAUGGAGAAAUCCGUUUGGACUACGGAACAAAUCCAAACCUUUGACGCUAGGAUCAGCUCGAUAAAAAUCACGCUGGUACUAACGGUCUUGUUUAUCAUCCUAUGGGUGCCGUUUUAUUUAGUCCUCCCUCUCAAACUCAACAACGUCAUCUCUAAAAAAACAGCCGAGAUCAUGCGCACCGCCACGGGGAUCUGCAGCUUCGCCAACUCGAUGGUCAACGCUCCCAUCUACGCGGCGAUGCGAAGCGAGUACCGGAACGUUUACCGCGUCAUGAUCACGACCGUACCGUGGAGAUGGAAACCGGAACUGAAGAAGCUCCACCGCGACCAAAGCUCAGCGUACUCCGCGUCAAUGGCGAGAGAAUCCAGCUUCACCAAAGCCUCGUCGGCAGACCAAGACGAAUUAAAAUUCGACGCGGUGUCGCUGUGCGAGAAAAACAACGGGACGGUCCCCGGUUCAGAAAAAGGUAGCAGAUAUAGUAAAAGUAGUAUCAGGACCGUCGACCCGGCUGUUGGGUCAAGCGCCGACCCGAAGAAAUACAACAAGGAAAGAUUGCCUCUGAGAAGCGAAGUAGUCGAGGCUGUGAAUGAUUCGCUCCUGGAGAAUAAAAUUGAUAGAAAAUACACGACGUACGAGAUCAAACCUUUGGGGUCACAGACGGACGAAAGGUCGCGGUCUUCGUCCGGGUAUACAGGCAACAAACUUGAUCUGGAUACUACGUAUUUUAUUGUCAAGCCUACAAAGUAAAAACAAUA